UUUCCGGUCAUGCGAUCUCCUUUGCGCCAGUCUCCAGUGAGAUGACGUCAUGAGUUGAGUGUACGGAAGUAUGCCCGAGGUGUAUUGCCGGUAACGGGGCCGGUAGUCACUCUUUUAAUGAGAAUGUCCGUGCGGACUGAGCCCGGCAGACACGGCAGUGAGUUCCGCAGGCGCAGAAAGCUUUGUGACAUCCAGAAAGCCCUUGGCAAGGAGCCCCCAGAUGUAGCCACCCUGCGGCGUAUGGCGAUCAGUGAAGGUGGGCUACUUACUGAUGAGAUCCGGUGUCAAGUCUGGCCCAGACUCUUGAAUGUCAGCACUGAAGAUCUGCCUCCUCCACCAGGGCCGGAGCUGCGGGUGAACAAUAAAGAUUAUGAGCAGGUUCUGUUGGAUGUCAGACGUUCACUUAGACGCUUCCCUCCAGGGAUGCCUUUAAAGGAGCGGGAAGAUUUGCAGGAGCAGCUGAUUGACAUCAUCCUGCAGGUGUUGGCACGAAACUCGCAGUUGCACUAUUACCAGGGAUAUCAUGAUAUUGUAGUCACUUUCCUGCUGGUGGUGGGAGGGCCGCUAGCCACUCUUCUGGUGGAUAAACUGUCCACACAUCACCUAAGGGAUUUUAUGGAUCCAAGCAUGGAUAACACUAAGCACAUCCUCAACUACCUGAUGCCCAUUAUAGAGCUGGUGAACCCAGCAUUGCACGACUUCAUGCAGCAGGCGGAAGUUGGCACUAUAUUUGCCCUGAGCUGGCUCAUCACCUGGUUUGGGCAUGUCCUGUCAGAUUUCAGACACGUGGUGAGGUUGUAUGACUUCUUCCUGGCAUGUCACCCGCUGAUGCCCAUCUACUUUGCAGCUGUGAUUGUGUUGCACAGAGAGGAAGAGGUGCUGGAGUGUGAGUGUGAUAUGGCAUCUGUACAUCACCUGCUGUCAAAAAUUCCACAAGAUCUGCCAUAUGAGAUCCUCAUCAGCAAAGCCGGUGACCUGUUUGUUCAGUUCCCACCUUCUGAACUUUCCAGGGAAGCAACGCAGCAGUACCAGGCGGAGAGGACUGCAGCGUCAACAUUUAAAGACUUUGAACUGGCAUCCACACAGCAACACCCGGACACAGUCCUCCGCCGGCGUUUUAGAGACACUAUCCGGCCAGAGCAUGGAAGCAAGUCCGUCCUUACCAAGCCACGUACCAAUAGACUGGUGAAAUUGGCAGUCAUGGGACUGACAGUGGCUUUGGGCGCUGCAGCAUUGGCUGUGGUGAAAAGUGCACUGGAGUGGGCACCCAAAUUUGAGCUGCAGAUAUUUCCAUAACAGCUUAUGUGGGACAAAUGUGAACACAGGAUCUGUCAGUCAUCUCAUAGGAGUGGAGAACACACACACCAUGCCUGUGCCUUGGACCUCUGCAAACCCCAUUUUCAUGCUGCUUACUCCGUCACAGCACACAUGACUUUUCCAUCACUAGCCACUAUAAACUGGAACCUGGACACGCGAGUGCUUGUUAAACUGUUCACAUAUGAAGAAGCCUCUCAACAUGGACACUGUCUCCUAUAUCCAGUGAUGUACAUUAGUCCUCUGUGUAGAUUAUACUUGCCACAUUAACCUAUGUAUAUCUGUACAUAUUAUUAAUUUACUUUAUGAUAAAUAUUUAACACCA